AUUUUUGCAAUUGUAAUUGCUGUUGAGUUGUUUUACUUGCUAACAAUCAACCGUGUACGCGCGUAAUGCCUUAUAAAAAUGUCUGCCUCCAUAAGAACCUGAACCUGCAAACUUAUUCUGUUCUCUUAAAUUAAAUACUAUCGCCGGGGGGAGUUUUAGGAUCAGAAGGAUCCUGAAAUGGAGCAAAUGUCUGUAGAGGAUUUUGUCUGCAAAUGUUCAGAGCUGUUAGAAGAAGAAAGGGGAGCUGAAAUUGAAGAAACGAGAGUUCUACAAGAGAAUGUGUCACCCAAAGAACUCCAGAGGCGUGGCGUGUGCCUCCUCAAGCUGCGCGUGCAGAGCAGGCACACAGGGAUGUAUGGGCGAAGCAUGCUCACAAUGCAACCAUUUUGGCCUGGAAGUGAACUUCCAUCACACAACCUCAGUCCAGGUGACAUAGUAGGUAUCAGUCCAUCAUCUGGUGACCCCCGGGUAGAUCAGAUAGCAUCCGGCAUAGUGUCCAAGGUGGGGCAGAGCUCCAUCAGUGUGGCCUUUGAGGAGAGUUUUGACAGUCUGCAGGUUGAGGAUGAUACACAGUACAAGCUGAUCAAAUUAGCCAAUGAUGUCACUUACAGGAGGCUCAAAAAAGCCCUAGAACAACUGAAUAAUUACAGGACAGGUGUAAGUUCACAACUGAUAAACAUACUGUUUGGAAGUGCUGAUGUCAGCAUACCUUACACUGGCACAUCUGGAGGUGGAGUAAAAGAUCUUGCCUUUAUCAACCCUCACCUAGAUGAGUCCCAGCAAGCUGCUGUGGAGUUUGCAUUAAAUCAGAGAGAGGUGGCAGUGAUACAUGGACCCCCAGGGACAGGAAAGACCACCACAGUUGUAGAGAUCAUACUACAGGCUGUCAGGCAGGGGAUGAAGAUUUUAGCAUGUGCUCCUUCCAACAUUGCUGUGGAUAAUCUUGUUGAGAGGAUAGGUGGUGCUAGUAAGGCUAAAGCAGUUCGUCUUGGCCACCCAGCAAGAAUAUUACCAGGUAUUCAGAAAUAUGCUCUGGAUGCCAUCUUGGCUACAAGUGAGGAAACCAAGUUGGUAGAAGAUGUCAGGAAAGAUCUCGAUAUAACAUUGACCAAAAUGAGGCGAACUCGCAACAAGGGGGAGCGACAGUCAAUGAGAGAGGAGAUGAAGUAUCUGAGGAAGGAGCUUCACCAGAGGGAGACUGCUGCUGUGCGAGAGAUCCUAAAGAGAGCAGAUGUUGUGCUGGGGACCCUGACCAGUGCCACCGAGGAUGGACCCCUGAAACAUUUAGAUGACCAACACUUCGACCUAGUUGUCAUUGAUGAGUGUUCUCAGUCCCUAGAAGCUGCCUGCUGGAUAGCUCUUCUGAAGGGACCGAGGUGUAUCCUGGCUGGCGACCACCAACAACUGCCUCCCACCAUUAUUUCACACAAGGCUGCCAAGGGAGGUCUAGAGGUCACUCUAAUGGAGAGAGUCCUGAAGCUUCAUGGAGACAAAGUGAUGAGAAUGCUGACAAUGCAGUACAGGAUGCAUGAGCUGAUCAUGAACUGGUCAUCAGAACAGCUGUACCAUGGGAAACUGGUGGCUCACGAGUCUGUGGCCAAACACCUGUUGAAAGAUUUGCCAGGGAUAGAGACCAAUGAGAACACCACUUUACCAUUGCUGCUGAUUGACACAGCAGGAUGUGAACUCCUGGAGCUAGAGACCUCAGAUGAAGUUUCCAAGGGAAAUGAAGGUGAAGCUGGCUUGGUAACUGCCCAUGUGGAAUCUCUGAUAGCCAGUGGACUGUCAGCAGAGGACAUAGCAGUGAUAGCCCCUUACAAUCUACAGGUUGAUCUUCUCCGUCUUCGUCUGUCUGCCAAAUAUCCUAAGUUAGAAGUCAAGUCGGUGGAUGGGUUCCAGGGCAGAGAGAAGGAAGCUGUGGUCAUUUCAUUGGUCAGAUCUAACAGCAAAGGUGAAGUUGGAUUUCUAGCUGAAGACAGAAGAAUAAAUGUAGCUAUAACUAGAGCCCGGCGCCAUCUAGCAGUGAUAUGUGACAGUGAGACAGUCAGUCACCAUGCUUUCCUCAAGUCCCUGGUGGACUACUUUAACAAACAUGGAGAGGUUAGAAGCGCACAUCAGUACCAGAAUGAGCUGGACCUGUCUAGUCACUAUGAACUUCCAGAACACAUUCAAUCAUCCAUGACAAAAGCAAGCUCUGGAAACACAUGUAAGGAACAGAAAGAAAACAGUGGUGCAAGACCGAAAGCAAAUCAGGCAAAGAAAAAGAAGGAAAACAAAAGACCAGGGACUGCCUCAGAGACUGCUGGAGCAAGACCUCAUCUGAGUGAAAUCAAACAACCUACAGAUGAAGACAAAGAAGAGUUGUUGACUAGCAUAGAGACAGAAAUCAUGGACUUCAUGGCUGACCAGAACAGGACAGAGCACAGUUUUCCAUCCUCAUUGUCUUCAAGGGGAAGAUUUGUUGUGCAUGAGAUAGCAGAGAGAUUGGGUAUCACCCACAUCAGUCAGGGAGAAGGUCAGUCAAGGCACAUCAUGAUUAGCAAACAACCACCUGCUGUCUCAACAGAAACACAAAGAAGUGACAGUGCCCCAAGUAAUGUGCAAAGAGAGAAGGACAACAAUGGUGUAGGAACCCGUGGUCAAAAUAAAAAAGAGAAGAGAAACGAGGAAUUCUGUAACAAUCAUCAAAGUCUCUCUUUGUGCUCUGGACCAGAUGAAGCAAUACUACAGCAAGAACAGCUAGCAGUGAUAACAUGUGAAAGGUGCUUGAAAAAAAUACCUAGUCAAAACUAUGAGCUUCAUUCUCUUAGGUGCAGUGGAAGCAACAAUGCAACAAAACCAGAACCUCAGAAAGAACAAAGCAAAACUAAAAAGAAAAACAAGAAACCAAAGAGUGCCAAAAAUGAAGCCUCCUCCAAGGAGGCACAGGAGGAGGAUUUUGAUGCCCUUAUUGCAGAAGCCAUGACACUGAAUGGUGUGUGCAAUUUCCAUAGAUGUAAAACAAAUGUGUUGACUUUGGGUCAGAAUUGUGAAUUUUGUGCCAAACGCUUUUGCCUUGCCCAUCAUAUCCCAGAGGUACAUGGUUGUGGUGAUGCAGCAAAAUCACGAGCAAGGAUGUUGAUAUCGAAGGAAGGUGUUAUUUAUAGAGGAGGUGGAGUUCCAAACAAAAAACCAGACCCAGCAAAAAGGGCACAUCUUCAAAGAAAGCUUGAUAGCAAACUUCAUGAAUUUGAAGAAAAGAGACAAACUAAAAAGAAAGAUAAAGGAAAGUGAGGUCUUUGUGGAUGAUAUUAAAUGCAUUGUUAUUUUGAAGCAAAGUUUCAUUUUCGGUUUGCUUCCUUAUUUUAAAUCAUUAAGAAAUUUUUGAGUCAAAAAUAUUUAUGUAACGACCAAUAACAUUUAAUCCUUGCAUAAACUGUCUUUAUCCCCAGGUAUUAGAUUAAGUUAUUAAACUUUCUCACUUAAUCUAUUU